CAGCAGCCAGAAGCGGUGAGAUUCAUGUCCAACAACAAGCAGUGCUGAAGAAAAGUGGGAAUGUGACUGAUGCCAGCAGAGGAGAUCUGCAUCUUCAGGACUGUGCGUGUACACGAGCAUUGAAAAAUGGAGAUCCCUGAUCAGGGGACAGAUCAUGUGACCUCACCCUCAAAAGACUGUAAACGAAAGAGCAGAUCACACACAGCAGAACCCAGCUGUGUCUCCAUGAAGAGAGAUGGGUCUAUGUCUCCUCCCCUAAACUUCAAAACUGGAAUCUCCUCCACUGGACACAGACACGACCCAGAAUCCACUGCUGCAGAUGAAUUCCAGAAGAAACUCAAGUUCAAUCUGAUGGAGAAGUUUCAGUGUUUGAAUGAACUGAUGCUAAAGCAGGAAAACCGAACCCUCCUGAAUGAGAUCUACACAGAGCUCUACAUCACAGAGGGAGACAGUGGAAACAUCAAUAAAGAACAUGAGGUGAAACAGAUCGAGGCAGCAUCCAGGAGGAACCCAACUAAGGACACACCAAUCAAAUGCAGUGACAUCUUUAAAUCCCUACCUGAACAAGACAAAGCCAUCAGGAACGUCCUGACAAAACCCUUAUCUAAACAAGAUGAAAAACCCAUCAGGAAUGUUCUGACUAAGGGAGUAGCUGGAAUUGGAAAAACAGUCUCUGUGCAGAAGUUUGUUCUGGACUGGGCUGAAGGGAAAACAAAUCAGGAUGUCCACCUCAUAUUCCCACUUCCUUUCAGAGAGCUGAAUUUGAUGAAGGAGCAGAAACUGAGUCUGGUGGAGCUCCUUCAUGUGUUUUUUAAGGAUAUGAAAGAAAUGGACAUUUCCAGGUUGGAGAAGGUUUUGUUCAUUUUUGAUGGUUUGGAUGAGUGUCGUUUUCCUCUGGAUUUCCAGAAGACAGUAAGAGUGUAUGAUGUAACUGAAUCAGCACCAGUGCAUGUGCUGCUGAUAAACCUGAUUAAAGGGAACCUGCUUCCCUCUGCUUUCAUCUGGAUCACCUCCAGACCAGCAGCAGCUGAUCAAAUCCCCUCUGAGUGUGUCCAUCGAGUCACAGAGGUACGAGGGUUCAAUGAUCCUCAGAAGGAGGAGUACUUCAGGAAGAGGAUCAGUGAUCAGAACCUGGCCAAUAAGAUCAUCACACACCUGAAGUCAUUAAGAAGCCUCUACAUCAUGUGCCACAUCCCAGUGUUCUGCUGGAUUUCAGCUGCUGUUCUAGAGAGAAUGUUGGGUGAAGCAGAGAGUGGAGAGAUCCCCAAGACUCUGACUCAAAUGUACACAUACUUCCUCAUCAUUCAGACCAACAUCAUAAGAGAGAAGUACCUACAGAAGCAGGAGAGCGAUGAAGAAAUGCUUCUCAAACUGGGAAAACUGGCUUUCCAGCAGCUGGAGAAACAAAACCUGAUCUUCUAUGAGGAAGACCUGAGAGAGUGUGACAUUGAUGUGACAGAAGCAGCAGUGUAUUCAGGUGUGUGUACGCAGAUCUUCAGAGAGGAGUUUGGGUUUCACCAGAGUAAAGUGUACUGCUUUGUUCAUCUUAGCAUUCAGGAACAUCUUGCAGCUCUGUAUGUGCACCUCACCUUCAUGAAGGAGCAGAGAAAUGUUCUUAUACAGAAUCAGGUCUGUAGGACACUUUCAGAUGUUCACAUGAGUGCUGUAGAUCACGCUUUAGACAGUCAGACUGGACAUCUGGAUCUUUUCCUCCACUUUCUUCUGGGUCUCUCACUCGAGUACAAUCAGAAACUUCUACAUUCCUUAGUAACACAGACAGGAAGUAGCUCCCAGAACAAAGAGGAAACAGUUCAGUACAUCAAGAAGAAGAUCAGUGAAGAUUUUUCUACAGAGAAAUCCAUCAAUCUGCUCCACUGUCUGAAUGAACUGGGUGAUGAUUCUCUAGUGGAGGAAAUCCAGCAGUAUCUGAAAUCUGGAGCACAAAGUGAACUUUCUCCUUCACAGUGGUCUGCUCUGGUGUUUGUGUUACUGACAUCAGCACAGGAUCUGGAGGAAUUUGACCUGAAUAGAAGGUCUCUGGGUGUCAGCACCAGCACCUCGCUGGUGAGCAUGGCGGCCCAGAGCACCGAGGGGUUUAACACCAUAACCCGGCGCCACGGUGUGAGGGUGGUGACCGGCGCUAGUGUGGAAGAGUGCAGCCUGGCUGCGGGAAAGGUGGUCGGCCAUAAAAAUGUUGUGGCGGCGUCACGGAUGAACAGUGUGGUGGUUCUUUUCGUGAACACUGUGGAAAGGGCGACCAAACUGAACACGGAUGGGAUUGUAGUCGGGGGUUCACUCAUUCAUGUGUUCCCCCUUUCAAGCCUAUCCAAAAGAGUUACAUUGUCGAAUGUUCCCCCCUUUAUUGAUGAAGCGAUCUUGGUGAGGGAGCUCUACCGAUAUGGAAGGCUCGUCUCUCCGAUUAAAAUGAUCCCGAUCGGAUGUAAAUCUGACCUGGUGAAGCACGUAGUGUCCUUCAGGAGAUUCGCGUACAUGAUUUUGAACAGUAACAUCACCGAGCUGGAGCACAGGUUAACGUUCAAAAUUGAUGGGUUCGACUACGUAAUUUACGUAUCGACCGAAUCCAUGAAGUGCUUCGGCUGCGGAAAGAGCGGACACUUGGUGCGGGCGUGUCCCCAGGCAGCAGGGGGGAAAGACGGUACAGCGGGCGAGAGCAGAGCUCCGCCUCGUGUUAGGGACGGGCCGGAACAGACUGCACAGGUGGAGGGCGAGGUCGGGACGGUGAUGCGGAUCCGCCGGCAACGGGCGGAGCGGAUUUUCCGGCACUGGCGGCGAGCGGUGCGGUUUUCCCGGAAGCGAGCGGAUCGGAGUCAGACAGUGCGGUGGCUGCGAUGUCUAACACUGAUAUUCCUGUGGAAAAGUUAUCUGAAGUGUCGAGCACUGAAACUAACCCAGUGUCCGGUGGGGAGAUGGAUGCACCGUCUAAGUUCAGAGGAGCUUCCUAAGGCCUUACAUGGUACAGAGAGUGGAAAGGCGCCGGGUAUCGAUGGGCUUCCAGCAGAGUUCUACGAGUGUUUCUGGGCCGUUGUGGGGGAGGACUUGCUGGAAGACCGUUUGUCUGCAUAUGCUGACGACAUAGUAGUGUUUAUUGACCAACAGACCGACAUCGACGCACUGAACAAAAUCUCCAGGGACUAUGGCACAAUUUCCUCGGCCAAGAUUAACAGGGUGUGGAGACUUUUUAAGACAGAGAGAGCCACAGGCACGGACUCACUACACUGGCUACUUCAGGAGCCCCUCAUCUAUGGAGCCCGUCUGGACACUGCAGGCAGUGCCCUCACCCAGACUCUGCUGGCAUCUGGUCUUAUCACGCUGAGACACCUGGUGGACCUGGCUGGACCAGAAUUCAAGGACGCCAGUGGAGUAGCUGCCCAGCUGGGUUUGAGAUCAGUACGGAUCGUGGCAGGACUACUCCAGGGGUGGAACUCUGCUCUCUCACCAGUGGAGCUACGGAUGUUAAUGAAGUACUGUGGAGGCUCUGAACAGCCGGAUGAGGAGGACCCUUUUCCUGAGUUUUCUCUGUCUCCAGACUUAGAGGGAAGUACUGGUUAUUUUUUAGACUGUAAGAAUGUCACAGGUAUGGACUUCUACUUGGAGAGAGUGAAGUGUGUGUCAUUGUGUGUCUGCAGGUUGCGUUAUUGUGAAGUAUCAGAUGAAGGCUGUGCUGCUCUCGCUUCAGCUCUGAGAUCAAACCCCUCACACCUGAGAGAUCUGGAUCUGUCUGGGAAUAAUGUAGGAGACUCAGGAGUGAAGUUUCUCUCUGCUGUACUGGAGAAUCCUCACUGUAAACUGGAGAUACUGAGGUUGUGGGAAUGUGGAGUAUCAGAUGAAGGCUGUGCUGCUCUCGCUUCAGCUCUGAGAUCAAACCCCUCACACCUGAGAGAACUGGAUCUGUCUGGGAAUAAAGUAGGAAACUCAGGAGUGAAGUUUCUCUCUGAUCUGAAGGAUGAUGAACGUUACAAACUACAGACACUGAAAUUUUACUGGAGAUGAACAAUUGUGUGUGAAGACUCCAGUGUUCCUGCAUUUCUGUGUCUGCAAACCGAGAACACGUUUAUCUACAGGAUCUGAGGAGUUGAUGUGAAAAAGCCCAGAGCAGAAGGAGUCCAAAUCACAUGUAUUACUUUGUGCUUUAGGUAGUAUUUAAUAGAGUUUCUAUCUUUAUGCUACAGGAUCAGACCCAAUCCAUUCUUUAUGUUCUCUCUGAUCUGAUCUCCAUUUCUUACUAGUAUCAGGUGAUCAACCCAGUAUGGGAUCAGUGCCAUCUUUAGUGCACACACACACAUACGGGUUUAUGUGUAUUACAAGGACACUUCAGCACUUCAGAGGGACACCCCUUUCCACUUGUUGUACAGAGAUGUGGAGGAUGUCAAAAAAUCUAUUUUAAAUCAUACAACACAGAUCUCACUUCAAAGUUUGUUUACACACAACACAACCUAUAAUGCAACAAUCAGAAAAUAUGCAACGUUAUGAGGACAUUGAAUAAUUAGACACAAACGCCCCGCCUAUGACAAAACACAGAAUUAUGAGGACUACUGUAAUUUAUAAGGACAUUAUCUAUACACUACACAAAAGUGUCAUGUGGGUGUAUUAAAGGGACAAAUGUGAAUUAAUGGAACAUGGCUAAACACAAACACAAUAGUGAAUAUAAUGUGUAUUAAAAGGACAUACCUGAUAUACGAGGACGGAUGAUUUAACAUAAACACAAUAGGGAAGAUAAUGUAUUAAAGGGACACACCCGAUAUGUGAAGACAAGAGACCAGACUCAGCAAAUUGUACACAGCACUGUAUAUUAAGAAAUAUCCAUUAUAUGUUUGUGUAGCAAGGAAAACAUGCAACUGUUUGUCUGUUUCUCUUAACAAGAAGAAAAUUUUAGUAAUUUUUUUAAAGCAACAUUACAGAAAAUGCUUUUAUGUGACCACAUUUUUUGGAAAGCAGAUAAUGUAUAACAAAUUCUGAACAGAAAAUCCUUUUAUGUGACCACAUACUAUUUUUUUGGAAAGCAGAUAAUGUAUAAAAAAUCCUAUAAAAAAUACUGAACAGAAAAUACUUUUAUGUGACCACAUACUAUUUUUUUGGAAAGCAAAUAAUGUAUAAAAAAUCCUAUAAAAAAUACUGAACACAAAAUACUUUUAUGUGACCACAUACUAUUUUUUUGGAAAGCAGAUAAUGCAUAACAAAUCCUAUAAAAAAAAAUACUGAUCAGAAAAUACUUAUGUGACCACAUACAAUUUUUUUGGAAA